AUGUCAAAUUGGAACCAUCAACUGCGCGACGGCUGGGAACUUCGUCUGUACUUUGGUGAGAAAGUCUCGACUGGAUUUUCUCGUCUUUCGUUGUCUGGCAAUGUUGCAAUAGAAGUGAAGACAAAAGGGCAAUUGCAUCACGAGGGCAACCGGGUUCAAAUCAGAGUUUUGGAUCGAAAAGAUCUCGACGUCGAGUUAACAGUGAAGCAAGACAAUGUUGUCCAAGGGCACAUUUUCUUCUUAGCCGAAGAGUUUGUUGAUAAUGGCAACUUGAUGAGACCAAUAGUGAAAGAUGAUGUUAUUAUUGGUAAACUAGAGGUGGGCUAUUUGAUAUAUGACUCUUUCAAACAUGAAGAUGACACACCACUUGACAUCAAUUUACAUAAUGUCAUUAUUGGCCACAGAGGAUUUGGUGCGACAAAUAGAAAUAUAAUGAAGAACUCGGCUGUUGUGGAGAACACGUUAGACUCAUUCUUGUGCGCUGAGGUACAAAAGACUGAUUUUGUCGAAUUUGAUGUGCAACUCACGUUGGACAAUGUACCAGUUAUCUACCACGACUUGUGGAUGCAAAUCAAGACCACUGAUUUCCUUGGAAACCCUCAAGUACUUCGAGUACCUAUUAAUAAAUUGAGGUACGACCAAAUUAAGAAGUUGAAACCAAUUGUGCUCGACCACAUUUAUUACGAAAAACGUGCAAAACAACUCAAAGAAGAGGUCUCAAUUAAAGUUAUGAAGCAAAGGAGUUUUGAUGAAUUUGACAUGGAGACACGAAGAAAAUAUGAAGACGAAAUUGAAAAGGCUGUUGCCCAGUUACUUGCUGAAGAGAAGAAAACAACCAUCUACGAAUAUAAAACACUGGACAAGGAUGACAGCAUCGAAAUGAGUAAACAACACACAGUUGGAACACCUCAUUCUGUCAUUCCAAGGUUCUCCGAUUUGCUUACUAAGAUUCCAGACCACGUUGGUUUUGAUAUUGAAAUCAAAUACAUUAACUGCGAUUUAGAAGGGAAGAUGUUGGGGUAUAUGGAGAGAAAUGAAUACAUCAACCGCAUUCUCGAAGUCGUUUUCAAAUACGGAAAGAACAGAAAAAUGUUCUUCUCUUCAUUUGAUGCUGACGUCAUCACUCUUUUAAGAAAGAAACAACAGAAGUACCCGGUGUUAUUACUAACUACUGGAACCAUCGAAAAAUACGUCACAGACUCUCGAAGACAUUCACUGGUCAAUGCAAUUAAUUUUGCAGAGAGACAAAAGCUUACUGGCGUCGUCUCAGACUCUAUCGCUGUGAUGAAAGAACCACACCUUGUCGAUUUGGCUCAUCAAAAAGGUCUCAUACUUCUCACUUAUGGUGCUGAAAACGAUGUAAUGGACGCGUCAAAGAAGGAGUACGAGUAUGGGGUCGACUCCCUCUGCACAAAUAGAGUCGUCGAAAUCGGACUGAAGAUCACAAACAAGAAGUAA